AUGUCCUUCUCCUCUAUCAUGGCAGCCUCCGUGGCCAAUGAUACCUGUGAUGCCUUUACACCCCGAUCAAAGCCCUGCACACUUGGUGCAAUGGUUCGUUACGCGGUCAAUGCCAGUUCCUCAGACGACUUUGUCAAGACUAUCCGUUUCUCUCAGGAACGGAAUAUUCGUUUCGUCAUUCGGAAUACAGGCCAUGAUUAUCUGGGAAAGUCAACCGGUGCAGGCGCACUAUCCAUUUGGACCCAUCAUCUCAAGGACAUUGACUUCCUGAAUUACACCAGUUCGCACUACACCGGGCCAGCCGUGCGGAUGGCUGCAGGCGUUCAAGGAGUCGACAUCUACGAAGCUGCCCAUGCACGAGGGCUGGUGAUCGUAGGCGGGGAAUGUGCCACGGUAGGCCCUGUCGGGGGCUACACGCAAGGCGGAGGCCACUCAGCUCUAAGUUCUCGUUUCGGUCUUGGGGCUGACCAAGUCUUGGAAUGGGAGGUGGUGGAUGGGAUGGGUCGAUUGCUGACCGCAACUCCCACCCAGCAUCCAGAUCUGUACUGGGCACUUUCCGGGGGUGGAGGGGGAACAUAUGGAGUCGUAUAUUCCAUGACUGUCAAAGCGUUUCCUGAUUUCCCUGUUACCGGUGUCGUUCUUCAAUUCCAGAGCGAUGACUCUUCCUCGGGACGUUUCUUUGAAGCUGUUGGCCACUAUCAUCGUCACCUGCCUACAUAUACCGCGGCUGGUGGGAUGGCCAUUGCACAGAUCACACAUUCAUCGUUCCUGCUCACGCCGUUAACACUGCCGAUGCAUACAGCAGCGGAAGCUGAGGCGUCUAUCACGCCGUUUUUGCAAAACCUGCAUGAUUUGAACAUCUCCUAUAGUCUGAACAUCACCCAGUCACCUUCCUAUUUCCAGCAUUACAUGCAACUAAUCGAGCCCAACCCAACACAAUUGGUACAGAACGCGCAAUAUGGCGGUCGUCUGAUCCCGCUCGACGUUAUCCAGCAGAACAACUCACAGCUCACAGAUGCUGUCCAGAGACUCACUGCAGACGGGGUUACAUUUGUGGGCAUUGGUCUGAAUGUCUCAUCAUCAGUGACAGGCACCAUCUGGAAUUCAGUCCUGCCUGCGUGGCGUACAGCAGCAAUGAGUGUUAUCCUGUCUACGGACUGGCCUAGCGGUGCAAACCUCACCCAGAUGAAAAUCCUAGCAGACCGAAUGACAAGCGAGUGGGCGGAUCCUCAACAGCCAGACUGGCAGCAGACCUUUUUCGGUUCCAAUUACGAUUCGCUGUAUGCGAUUAAGACGAAAUACGAUCCAUUUCGGACAUUUUAUGCGCCGACAGCAGUUGGCAGUGAUCACUGGCAGGUUGAGGCUGGUGGUCGUUUGUGCCAGGUCUAA